UUUUUAGCAGUCUCCGACUAAGAAAUAAAAAAAUGAAAAAUGUCUCUCCUUCUAAACUCGAACAAACCAGGCGUACAAUUCGAAGAUAAAUGGCACGAACUAAAGCUCACAGUUAAUAAGUUGCUCAAGCAAGAACCGGUUUCGACUCAUGAAUGGCAGGAUUUGUUUUGGGAUGUCCAUAAAGUGUGCAAUUGGGACGAGAAAGGCCCACAUAAAGUAUUCCAUGCAUUAAAGGAUGAAGUUAGUCUGUUUAUCCACCAAGUGCAGGAGCGUGUUUUGCAACAUCAAGAUGACCACUCAUUGCUCAAGGCAUAUAUAUCACAAUGGGCCAAAUUUUUUACCCAGUGCAGUUAUCUGCCGAAACCAUUUGCCACACUUGAAUCCAACCUACAGGGCAAGGCAGGGGGUGGAGCUAGCAAGCGGCCUCUUGCCGAAAGCAUCACUGUGCAGAAGCUAAUGCUUGACACAUGGAAUGAAGGUAUAUUCUCAAGCAUCAAAAACAGACUGCAGUCCAGUGCUAUGAAGCUAGUGCAUGCUGAAAGGAAUGGAGAGGCAUUUGAUUCCCAGCUUGUCAUAGGAGUCAGGGAAUCUUAUGUGAAUUUGAGCUCAGAUGCAUCAGACAAACUGAUGAUUUAUAGAGAAAACUUUGAAAAGGCAUACAUUGAUGCCACUGAAGAAUUUUACAAAGCACAAGCAUCGUCAUAUUUACAAGAAAAUGGUGUACAGAAUUACAUGAGAUAUGCUGAAAUGAAGCUGAAAGAAGAAGAACAGAGAGCACUUAGAUAUUUAGAAACCAGAAAAGGCUGCAACUCAGUUGCUGUGCUUACAGAAUGCUGUGUGAACGUUCUUGUGGGAAGCUUCAAAGAGACAAUUUUAGCAGAGGGCCCUGGGAUGAUCGCUGCCAAUGAGACAAAGAAGCUGCUUUUAAUGUUUCAACUGAUGGACCGAGUAAAAGGAGGAGUUGACCCAAUGAUUCAAAGCUUGGAAUCAUAUAUAGUGACAACAGGACUUAAUGACAUGUUAGCUGCUGCUGAGACCAUAACCACUGAUUCCGAGAAGUAUGUAGAGCAGCUCUUGGCACUGUUCAACCGCUUCAGUGCCAUGGUCAAGGAAGCGUUCAAUGAUGAUCCGAGGUUUCUAACAGCGAGGGAUAAGGCUUUCAAGACUGUAGUUAACGACACUAAGAUAUUCAAGCUGGAAUUACCAAGCAAAGGAAAAGGUUCUGGCGCAUUAAGUGUCAAGCCCCAGCCAGAGUCGCGUUGUCCUGAGCUUCUAGCUAACUAUUGUGAUAUGCUGCUUCGUAAGACGACUUACAGCAAGAAACUCACCUCGGAUGAGAUUGAGUCCAAGCUCAAGGAUGUGUUGUUAGUUUUAAAGUAUGUUGUAAACAAAGAUGUAUUUAUGAGGUACCACAAAGCACACCUAACAAGGCGGUUGAUAUUAGAUACAUCCGCAGAUAGCGAGAUGGAAGAGAACAUGGUUGAAUGGCUAAGGGAUGUGGGUAUGCCGGCUGACUAUAUCAAUAAGUUGGCUCGCAUGUUUCAAGACAUUAAAGUCAGUGAAGAUCUCAAUCAAGAGUUUAAAAGAACUUGUAGAGACAAGGGUGACAUAGCAGAUUCUAUAAAUAUUAAAAUUCUAAAUGCCGGUGCGUGGUCGAGAGCAUCAGAGAGAAUUCCCGUCUCGUUGCCCACAGAGCUGGAAGACUGCAUACCGGAAGUAGAAGAAUUCUACCGGAAGAACCACAGCGGACGUAAACUACAAUGGCACCACCUGAUGUCAAAUGGCGUGAUCACGUUUAGCAAUAAAACCGGCAAAUUCGAUUUGGAAGUAACCACCUUCCAAAUGUCAGUGCUGUUUGCUUGGAACGAGAGACCGCUAGACCACAUUUCGUACGAAAACUUGAGACUAGCGACAGAGCUUCCAGAUUCCGAACUGCGGAAAACUCUUUGGUCUAUGGUAUCUAUACCUAAGCUAAAGCGGCAAAUUCUAACGUGCGAGCCGGCAGUUCGCUCGCCCAAGGACUUCACGGAUAGUUCUAUGUUCUGGGUCAACCAGGAUUUCGCGCUGAUUAAGAAUGGCAAAGUUCAGAAACGCGGAAAAGUCAAUCUGAUUGGCCGGUUACAGCUUUCUACGGACAAAGCGAAACAAGAGGAGAAUGAAGGGAUCGUGGCACUCAGAAUUCUUAGAAUACAGGAGGCAAUUGUGAAGAUAAUGAAGAUGCGUAAAAGAAUCACAAAUGCGGCGCUACAGACAGAACUAGUAGAAAUCCUGAAAAAUAUGUUUAUCCCACAGAAAAAGAUGAUCAAGGAACAAACCGAAUGGUUAAUAGAACAUAAGUACCUCAAAAGAGACGAGGAAGACAUCAAUACCUUUAUUUAUCUCGUCUGAUAUCAGGUACUCCAUGACUCAAAGUCAAAGGAAGCCAUGUCAAUGUAAUUGAAAGUGAAUAGAAUUUUGCUUCAAUUAAACAUUCUUUUUAGUAAGCGAGUUUCGAAAGGUUGUUGCGGCCAUUACAAAUGGAGCUUACUCGGUAAUUGAAAACAUUCAACAACACUUUCAUUAACAUAGUGGGAAGCUUGAUGAAGAAAUCACAUAGAAGAACUUGAUGAAGAAACCACAUAGGGAUUCUCGCUAGUAUGUGCCAGAUGAUGUCAUCAUCAUCAUCAUUAAUUUCCUUAAGGAAAUUUUCAAAUUCUGUUUUUAUUAAUCACAGUAUGCUGACAAAUGUUUCCAAGGCCGAAUUGGUUGAUUUUGUUGAAUUGAAAUGCUGUUAAAUUGGUCACAAAAAUAGCAUCCUUAUGUAGAGUUGAUUUGGGUAGCUGUGUUUGGACGAGAAAUGGAUACCACAGAAUGAGUCCAAGAAUGGGCAUGUAAAUGGUGAGAACAAGUUAGGCUUGUACAUAAAUUCACGAAUUAAAAUUCAACCCUGUAACAUUGUUUUAUAAUGAAUACUUUAAUUACAUUUGAACGAGUGAA